AUGGCUUCCAAAAGAUACGCCUUCCUUCCCAUGGACGACCCGGCCGAAGCGCCCCGGGAAAAGAAAGAAAAGAAGAGCAAGAGGUCGUCCCGUCACCACCGCCGCCACCGCGAUGAGGACAGAUGGGCUGACGAGUCGCCAGUCGAAGAAGAGGAAGAGGUUGAACCUAAUGACUUUAAAGAGUCUGCAUCCAAACGCGUCAAGAUUAGUCACGGCGAUGAUGACGACCAGAAGGAUGACGACCGCCGCAACCGCGAUUCUGUGGAGCGCGACAGGGAGGAGCGUGAUGCUCUCGACAGGCGGCUUCGUGAGAAGGACAGGGGAGAUUCGCGCAAGAAGGCUGAAGCUUCAAGGAGCAGGAUGGACGAGCUGAGGGAUGUCGAAGACCUCCGUAUUCGCUCACGGCAGAGCUACGUCGCAAAGCGAGAGACUGAGAAGAUCGCGCUCCUGAGAAAACAGGUGGCCGACGAGCUUGAGGAGGAGCGGUCGAAUCCACGUCUGACGGAAAGAGAAAGGCAGGAGUUCCGCAGGAAUCGGGAGCUGCUCCGUCUUGCCGAGGAAAGGUUACGUAUCGAUGAUCACAGGGAGGGCUAUUACAUGCCCGAGGACUAUAUCACACAGAAAGGCAAGAUUGACAGGAAGAAGAAAGAGGAGGCAUUGUACAAGAGGUACGUUGAAAGAGACGAAUACGGGCAAGAAAAGUUCGUCACAGAACAUGAGGAAUGGGAGAGAGAACAGGCUCAAAAGGCCAAGGCCCAGAUCCUCAGGCCGGAACUGGAGGACGACGGCUCCUAUGAGCAUCUCUUUGACGAGGAACAAUACGUGCAAUGGAUCCAGGCCGCCAAGUUGGAUGGUGUCAACCCAGGCUUGACCCAAGAACAGGCAUAUCUCGCCGCCCAGAUCGAUGCCGCCGAGAAGAAGCAGCUCUCCAUACAAGAGACGAGGAAGACUCUUCCCAUAUACUCAUACCGUGACCAAUUUCUGGCCGCAUUGGAAGAAUAUCAGAUCCUUGUCGUGGUGGGAGAAACAGGUAGUGGAAAGACGACUCAACUACCUCAGUAUCUUCUCGAGGGAGGGUUCGUGAAAGACGGUGCCAAGGUUGGCUGCACACAGCCGCGAAGAGUCGCUGCAAUGAGCGUCGCUGCUCGUGUGGCCGAGGAGAUGGCAGUCAAGCUAGGAAACGAAGUAGGCUACUCCAUCCGAUUCGAGAACAACGUCUCUGACAAGACAAUUCUUGAAUACAUGACGGAUGGUAUGUUACUUCGGCACUUCAUGACGGAUCCCAUGCUCAACGACUUCUCUGCGAUCAUGAUUGACGAGGCUCACGAGCGAAGUGUCAACACGGACAUCCUACUGGCCUUGCUUAAGGACUUGGCACGAGAACGACCGGACUUGAAGUUGCUCAUCUCGUCGGCUACUAUGAACGCAGCCAAGUUUGCCAGCUAUUUCGACGAUGCGCCGAUUUUCAACAUACCUGGACGAAGGUACCCCGUCGACAUCUACUACACUCCCCAGCCCGAAAGCAACUACGUUGCAGCAAUGAUCUCGACCGUGUUUCAAAUCCAUACGACCCAAGGGAAGGGCGACAUCUUGGUGUUUCUAACCGGUCAAGAUGAGAUUGAUGCUGCUGAGCAGCAGAUCGGCGACAUCGCAAAGAAGCUGGGGAGCCGCAUCAAGGAGCUGAUCAUAUGUCCUAUCUAUGCCAACCUUCCCAGCGAUCUCCAGGCCAAGAUCUUUGAGCCGACCCCUGACAAUGCGCGCAAGCUCGUCCUGGCUACGAAUAUUGCGGAAACGUCCCUGACAAUCGACAACAUCGUGUAUGUUAUAGAUACUGGAUACGAGAAACAGAACUACUACAACCCUGCGACUCGUAUGUCGUCUCUAAACGUCGUACCCUGCUCCAGAGCAGCCGCCAACCAGAGGAGUGGGCGUGCUGGACGUGUGGGACCAGGUAAAUGUUUCCGGCUGUACACCAAAUUCUCAUAUAUGAACGAAAUGGACGAGUCUCCCACGCCUGAAAUCCAGCGGACCAAUCUGAACAGCGUCGUUUUGCAACUCAAAUCCCUCGGCAUCGAAAAGCUCCUCGACUUCGACUUCAUCGACCCACCGCCCACGGAAGCCCUCAUCUCUGCUCUCGACAAUCUCUACGCCCUACAAGCCCUCAACCACAAGGGCGAAAUGACUCGUCUUGGCCGGCAGAUGGCCGAGUUUCCAACUGCACCUGAAGUCGCCAAAGCUGUCAUAGCAGCUGACAAGGAGGGAGCAGUUGAGGAGAUCCUAAGCAUCGUUGCCAUGCUCGACGAGGCGUCGGCGCUCUUUUUCCGGCCCAAAGACAAGAAGAUACAUGCAGACUCUGCACGCAGACGAUUCACAGUCAAGGAGGGUGGGGACCAUCUGACGUUGCUCAACAUCUGGAACCAGUGGGUCGAGAGUGAUUUCAGUCCUAUCUGGUCGCGGGAGAACUUUUUGCAACAACGAAGCUUGACCCGUGCACGAGAUGUCCGCGACCAACUGGCUAAGCUGUGUGAUCGUGUCGAGGUGCAGCUGUCCAGCUGCGGCGCCAACAAUAUCCGCGCGAUUCAGCGGGCGCUCACGGCGGGCUUCUUCAGUAACGCAACGCGUAUGGACAGGAGGGGCGAUGGAUAUAGGACGAUGAAAAACAACUCGACUGUCUGGGUCCACCCGAGCAGUGUGCUCAAAGAGCUGCACCCGCCGCCAAAGACGGUUAUUUACCACGAUUUGGUUCAGACUAGCAAGGAGUAUAUGAGGAGUUGCCUCCCGAUCGAGGUGGGCUGGUUGAGGGAACUGGCGCCGCAUUUCUACAAGAAGCACGAAAUCGAUGCCAUAGAAGACAAGAAGAUGCCCAAGGCGAGGAAGUAG